UUAAGAUUUUCAAUUUAUGCUUGGUUCAUUCAAGGAAAGACCAUUCUCAAGAAAACUAGCCAUUCUUCACUGAUUCGUUCUACACGCAAAGAGUUUUAGACUUUCAACACCCACUUUGCCAAAUACCAAUUGAAAAUGGCACAGACCGGCUGACUUUACAACGCUGCCCCAUGUAUUCUAUAAGCCGUUUGAUUUAAAAUAUUUACUAUAUGUCGAUCAUUUUCCACCGUAGACUCUGGAUUUCGGGAAAAAGUUGGAAGAAGGAAACAUCCAAUAUAAAGAAUAAACAAACUAAUUAAACGUGAGACACAAAACAGGAGAAGGUUUCGAUACCACUUCAUCUUUCUUUGAUAUUAUUAGUUAAUAAAGAUCGAAUAAAUGCUCUAGGAACCGACUACCAACACCAUAAAUUAGUAGGGAGAAUCAAACUCUUUUCAUCAAAGCACUAGAACUGAAAGAUGAGUGUAGAAAUUUUGGAUGGUGCCACCAUUGUCAACUUCCUUGAGGAUGAAGAAGCGCUUAGUGUCUCGGUGCUUAACCGGUUCACUCACCUUGACACAGACAAUGAUGGCCUUCUCUCGUAUGCAGAGAUGUUGAAGGAGCUCCAAAGCCUGAGGGUGUUGGAAACCCACUUCGGUAUUGAUGUGGAGCCAGACCCGGAUGAGCUUGCUCGUGUUUAUGAAGCCUUGUUCCUACAAUUCGAUCACAACUUGAAUGGCACGAUUGAUCUGGAAGAAUUCAACAAGGAAACAAAGCAGAUGAUGCUUGCCAUGGCAGAUGGAUUGGGUUUCUUGCCAGUUCAGAUGGUCUUGGAAGAAGACAGCAUCCUCAAAAAAGCUGUUGAAAGGGAGUCCAACAAAGUGUCUGCUUAAGUACUACUUCACUCAAGAAGCUUGUCAUUCACAAAGUUCUGCUAGUAAUGUAAUAUUUUAAUGUCCUGGUUUUAUUAUUACUGUUUCCAGUAAAACGACUUACACUGGUUUUUGUUAUAAAUUCCUCAUGGUCAUGGCGUGAACUAAUCUUACUGACUUUUUUACAUAUCCAAAAAGGAAAAAUUGAAAUUAUGACUGUCUAAAUCCAAAAGCCCCAUUAAUACUAUUUUUUUUUUCACACCCUA